AUGUCCGAACAACUUGGUAAAGCCGUGGAAACGGUCAAGGAGUCUGUUGAAAAGGCCACAGAACAAGUGAAAAACCUUACAACACAGGAACAAAGCUCAGAACCGGUCGUUUUGGGCGAAGAUGGUCAACCACUCUCGAAGAAAGCUUUGAAAAAGCUGCAGAAAGAACAAGAGAAACAGAAAAAGAAGGAGGAGAAAGCUCGCCAGCUAGCAGAGGAAAAGGAGGCCCGCGAGCGUGAGGCGGCUGCCAACGACACCGCCAAGGAAAACUACGGACGUUUGCCCUUGAUUCAGUCCACUACAAAGUCUGGUAUCCCCCGUAUCCAGCUCGAAAACCUCACCGAAGGCGACAAUGGCAAAGAGGUCACUCUCAGAGCUCGUGUGCACAAUUCUAGACAGCAGGGUGCCACUUUGGUUUUCUUGACCUUGAGACAGCAGUCUCAAUUGAUCCAAGCGCUAGUGAAAUCCAAUGCAGAGGGCACGGUUUCGAAGCAAAUGGUCAAAUGGGCCGGAUCGGUGAACCCUGAAAGUAUCGUAUUGGUUAAGGGUAUCGUCAAGUCCGUGCAGGAACCUAUCAAGUCUGCGACAGUCCAGAACCUAGAGAUUCACAUCACUCAGAUCCACACCAUCUCCGAAACCCCACAACAGCUGCCUAUUUUGAUUGAGGACGCUUCUCGCUCUGAUGCCGAAGCUGAAGCUGCUGGUCUUCCCGUCGUCAACUUGGACACCAGGUUGGACGCUCGUGUCAUCGAUCUCAGAACUGCAACCAACCAAGCGAUUUUCAAAAUCCAAUCCGGUGUCUGCGAACUGUUCAGAGAAUUCUUGUCGAAGAGAAAGUUUGUGGAAAUUCACACUCCUAAAUUGUUAGGUGCACCAUCCGAAGGUGGCGCCAACGUAUUCGAAGUCACUUACUUCAAGGGCAAGUCCUAUUUGGCUCAAAGCCCUCAGUUCUACAAGCAAGAGUUGAUUGCCGCCGAUUUCGAACGUGUAUUUGAAGUGGCGCCAGUCUUCAGAGCUGAAAAUUCCAAUACUCAUCGCCAUAUGACCGAGUUUAUCGGUUUAGAUUUGGAAAUGGCUUUUGAAGAGCAUUACGACGAAGUUGUCGAUGUGCUAGCUGACCUGUUCGUCUUUAUUUUCACUGAGCUUAAGAUUCGCUAUGCCAAGGAAAUUGCUUUAGUCCGUAAGCAGUACCCAGUUGAGGAGUUCAAGCUACCUAAAGAUGGGAAAAUGGUUCGCCUCGCAUACAAAGACGGUAUUGCAAUGCUGAGGGCCGCUGGUAAAGAGAUUGCCGACUUGGAAGAUUUGUCAACUGAGAAUGAAAAGCAUUUGGGUGCUCUGGUUAGAGAGAAGUAUGACACCGAUUUCUACAUUUUGGACAAAUUCCCUCUUGAGAUUCGUCCCUUCUACACUAUGCCAGAUGCUACCGACGCACGCUACUCCAACUCUUACGAUUUUUUCAUGAGAGGAGAGGAAAUUCUGUCUGGUGCUCAGCGUGUGCAUGACGCCGAAUUCUUGAAAGAAAGAAUGGCUCAUCACGGUCUAUCAACCGAUGACCCUGGGCUAAAAGACUAUGUCGACUCCUUUACUUAUGGCUGUCCUCCUCAUGCUGGUGGUGGUAUUGGUCUAGAACGUGUUGUGAUGUUUUUCUUGGACUUGAAAAAUAUCAGAAGAGCGUCGCUAUUCCCAAGGGACCCCAAGAGAUUGAGACCAUGA